AUGCCAUUAUUUUCAUAAAAAUAAACCAAAACAAACACCUUUUACAUCCAAAAAGUCAAAAGGGUCCCACCUACCACUACCUCACUUCAUUUAUUACACACUCCAACAACUUCAUUUAUUAUACACGCCAACUCUUUUCUUAAAACUCGUGCCAUAACUAAAAGGCACUCUUAAACUGGGACGGAGAGAGUAAUACAUAACAUAAGAUGCAAAAGUUUAGAAAAUAUAAUAUCCAAAUAAAAAUUAGUAGUUGAAACAUAAAGUAAAACAAUUCUAUGUUUAAAAUUAAGGUCUCCACUCAAUAAUAAAAACGCAAAGUAAAAUGCAAUGUCUAUAGUCAAGUGUCUUCACUCCUCAUCCCCAUCAUCAAGCGCAACAUAGUCAUCCUCAUCGCCUUCAAAUUCUUCUUCCUCUUCUCCUUGUUCAAGCCACAAGCAACAAUUUUUCUUUUCCUUUCCUUGACGUGGUUGUGGUCCUUGUGUCUUUCUUAGAACCUUGAACAAAACUCGAUGAUGUGGAAGACUCCUUUCUUUUUUUGGUCCUAGUAUAUGUUGUAGGCUCUCCAAUUCCCGAAGCCUCAUAAGCAGUUUCAGUCAAGUGUAUAGCCAUAAAAAACCAAAUUAUUGUCGGGGCUAACAACUUCAGCAUCAUCCUAAUUCCCCAACCAACCACUAGUUACACUCAUCAAUGUCGUUGAAUGAAAUGAGAUCAAUUUUAUCUCUAAUAUCGUGCCUUUCACACAAUAUUUUGUUGUAUUUAACAUACACCAAAUCAUGCAUCUUCUUAUUUUCAAACCUAUUUCUCUCUUUUUGAAUGAAUCUAUCACCUUGUUAAAUAUAGAAUUAUAUUAGUACUGAAAAUUCGAUAUAUAUUUAAAAUACAACUAUAUCACUACUUGCUCCAAAACACUCCAAUUGCGCUCACACCUGAAAGCGCUAUAUGUUAAGCUCAUGAUCUUGAUAGCAAGUGUUUGCAAAUUUGGAGCAUCAUGGCCAUACUUCUUCUACCAUUGAGCUGCAAAAUAGAACAAUAUAAUAGUGGAUAUUUGAUUAUCAAUUGUAGUAAUCUAUGUAGCAAUAUUUAUACUUCACUAUCAAUUUAAAACAUAUAUGCAAAACUAAAAAUUGGAAUAAAUAGUUUCUCACCUAAAGCUAAUAUUUUUCUAUGUAGCACUGCAAAUUCGUGGCCAAAUAAAGAAGAUCACGACGAGGCAUUUGAUGAGAUGGUACUUUACACAAGUAGUGGCGACAUGUUUGGUCACAAAUUUACCGUGCGAUAUGGGAAAAAAUUAUCACCAGUGAAAAACUAUUUAUUUUAACUUUUAAUGUGUAUAUAUGUUUUAAAUUUUUAUAUGACACUUAAGUAUAAAUAUUGCUACAUAGAUUACCAUAAUUGAUAAUCAAAUAUUCACUAUUAAAUUAUUCUGUUUUGCAGUUCAAUGGUCGAAGAACUAUGGUCAUGAUGCUCCGAAGUUGCAAAGACUUGCUAUCAAUAUCUUAAACUUAACAUGUAGUGCAUCCUGGUGUGAGCGCAAUUGGAGUGUUUUCGAGUAAUUUAGUUACUUUUUAAAUAUUUCUUGAAUUUUUCUAAUCUAAUAUUAACAAGAUAUAAUUAUUUUUGUGUGAUAGAUUCAUUCAAAAAAGAAAAAUAGAUUUGAAAAUAAGAAGAUGCAUGAUUUGGUGUGGGUUAAAUACAACAAAAAUUGUGUGAAAGAUGCGAUAUUAAAGAAAAAAUUGAUCUCAUUUCACUCAACGACAUUGAUGAGUGUAACGAAUGGUUGGUUGGAGAAUUAGACGAUGUUGAAGUUGUAAACACGACAAUAUUUUGGUUUUUGAUGGCGGUACACUAGACCAGGAAACUGCUUAUGAGGCUUCGGGAAUUGGAGAGUCUACAACAUAUGCUAGGUCAAAAAAAAAAGAAAAGAGUUUUUUCACAUCAUCUAGUUUUGUUCGAGCUUCUAAGAAAGACACAAGGACUGCAGCACAUCAAGAAAGGAUUCAUGAAGAAGAAUUAGAGCAAGAAGAAGAGGAAGAAGCAUUUGAAGGCUAUGAGGAUGACUAUGUUGCACUUGAAGUGUUGUUAUGUAUAGAUUGCUUGACCUCCGACGCGUGUGGCCUGCCAGCCACCACCUCCAUCAGCCACCCUUCUCUAUUCAAUUGAAGGAACGGAGGUGAAGGCAAUCAGGGGAAAUCUUUCAACACGAAAGUCACUAAAUUUCUAGAGCAUCAUCAAUUACCGACUUUGGAAUGCCAUUCAAAAAUCUUUUCCCAAAUAAUCAAUUUGUUAUUCUUAAGCAACUACCAGAAUCAUCCCUGCCGCUGCUAAGUCUUCAGAGAAGAUUCAGUUGUUCGUCGCAACCUGAUUCUUCCAACUGGGUUCAAAACAACCAAUUGUUUCAAAGGCACCCCAGGUUGCAACUUUUCGAGAAAGGAUGGAUGAAAACACUUCAUCAUCUCAAGCAAUUUGUUGCUUACGUAUUUGUAACGGGUCUUCACCGCAACCCCUUCAUCAUGAGUCGCAUACUCUAUUUGAGCUUGGUCGAGUCAGAAGAAUGUAACCGUAUCGAAAAUUCUGAGUUUGGAAUUCAGAUCUUCAGUAGGAUCAAAAGACCCAAUAUUUUUUCCUGGAAUACCCUGAUUAGAUUCUUCUCCGGGUUAGAUCCCAUGAUUGCUCUGCAUUUUUACACGAAAAUGGUUAGAGAAAGAAUACUCCCCGACACAUAUACAUUCACAUUCUUGCUCCAGGCUGGUGGGUCUAGUUUGGAUCUGUUUUUUGUGAAACAAGUUCAUUGCCAUGCUCUGAAAUUCGGUUUCAAUCACAAUUUGUUUGUUCAGAAUUCCGUACUCAGUGCCUAUGCAAUUCGGGACUCGGAAAUGGAUGCACGGAAUGUGUUCGAUGAAAUGUCGAACAAAGAUGUCAUUACAUGGACGAGCUUGAUAUCCGGGCUUGUCGCACAUUCCAAUUACAUGGAAGCACUUCGAGUUUUCAAAGAUUUGAUGGCCGAUGACUCCCAACCACAUCCAAAUGUUGUCACCACCAUCUCUGCAAUGUCAGCUUGUGGUGGUCUAGGAUAUGCAAAUCUUACUAAAUGCUUCCACGCUUUAUUAGAGAAGGCUGGAUGGAUCGAAACUGACGUUUCUAUUUCUAAUUCCCUGAUUGAUGCCUAUGCAAAAUGUGGAGAUUUAAGCAACGCAACUAGAGUUUUAGAUGAAAUUCAGAAUGUGAAGAAGGAUUUGUAUUCUUGGACGGCCGUUAUCACAGCAUAUGGUAUGCAUGGCCGAGGACUAGAUGCACUGUGUGUGUUCUCUCAAAUGGAUCCGCUCCACGGACUUGCACCCGAUGCAGUGACCCUUGUCGCGAUUCUUUCAGCAUGCGCACACUCUGGCCUGCUCGACCAAGGUUUGUGCAUUUUUGAGUUGAUGUGGAGAAGGUACAAAAUUAAGCCUGACCUUCGUCACUAUGGAUGCAUUGUUGAUCUCUUGGGAAGAGCUGGGAUGAUUAAACAAGCUUAUAGUGUUGUUGAGAGCAUGCCGAUGGAGCCUAAUCUGGCUGUAUUGGGAUCUUUACUGAGUAGUUGUAGGCUUCACAAUGAGUUGGAGUUUGGUGAAGCAGUUUUAAGAAAGAUCGAGCUUUUGAAAGAGAGAGGAGGAGCCUCGGUGCUCAUAUCUAAUAUGUAUGCUAGUAAGAACGAAUGGGGUAGAGUGGUUAACGUAAGGAACAAAAUGAGAGAGAGAAUUAAAGGAAAGGUUCCUGGUAGAAGUUGGAUUCAGGUUAAAGAUGCAGUUCAUGAGUUUGUUGCAAGAAAUGAUGUUGAUCCAAAACUGCACAUGGUACUUCGAAGUUUGGAAAAACUCUCUACACUGUUCUGUCUGAUAUCUGCUCGCUGUCCACCUGCCUCAUUCUUCACCGGGCUAAUUUUCUUCAGUUUUGUACAAAUAUUUCUUCACUCUGCCGCUCGACGUCGUCGGUUCGAUUUCAAUCUCAUUGAUUCACCAGAACGUAAUUUUCGUUGAUCAACUGUUUAGUAAUGUGCAAACCCAUGAAAGCUGCAAAUGUUGAAAAUGGGAUGAAAUAUUUGUGUGCAGAGUUAGGUAAAAUGGGAUAAGCAGCAGGAGGUGGAAGUUGGCAUUCAUCCCCAUUUAAGUAAAUCUUCCUUGGAAACACUCAUCCCUGUUCGAGUGUAAACAAACAUAUCCCUGUUCUUCUUCAAGAGUCUCAGAUUGAACAUUUUCAAACUCCCCGGCUACAUGACUAGGUCCUCGUAGAAGAUGACUCAAACAAGACGUGUGAGAUGUGGACUCACUGUGUGAAGUUCAUCCCGUAGUCGAAGUUGGUGAUGACGAUCUUAACACGCUGGUAGUCUAUGUAGUUGAGCUUCAUGUGCCAGUGGACGUGUAUGAGCCACAUGUGUGCGGGACCGUGCAUUGUUGAUGCAUAUUGAAUUAACAACGCAAGGGGCUUGACAAUUACGACGACACUUUUCUAGUUCAAACAGGCGGACGGUUAUCCACAUUCAGGAGCAUCUUCCCGGAUUCGUGUUUCUUGAAAAGCCUCCCAACAACUUCGUCCCAGUUGGUCCUCGCGUCUUUACAAACAGCAUGAGGUAUAUUCAAACUUACGGCUCUCUCCAACGCAUCCUUGUGCUCCUUUUCUAAUGUCAGCUUCCUGUUGAAUUUCUGUACCCCUGGCGGAGUAGUUACGGUCUCUGUAUUAAGCUCCUGCAUAUUCUGCAUCACG